AUGAAUGAUAUUAUUUCAAAAAUUGCUGAGAGAAAUCUCGAUCACAUCAUAGAAGAAAUAUUUUGGACGUUAAAACCAAAGGAUAUCUUGAGCUUAGCACACACAUCUCGUCAUCAUCGAAGUCUCGUCGAAAACUUCGAACUUCUCCCGUUUUCCCUUUCGCAAGAAGAAGAUGAGUCAAUCGUCAACGAUGAUUUCGAGGAUCAAAUCGACAAAGAAUUACGAUUUUGCUCAAACAAGUUUAUGACCGUCACAGACUCUAUUUCACGUUUCCUCUACCGACAACAGCGAAAAGCUGGAAUAAAAACAAAGAAAGGCAAUUUUCAGCGGAAAAUUCACAGAAUCAAGGAUAUUACCAGCAUUGAUGAGCAAUUAGAAAUGCCUGUAAAAUAUCAUUAUCAGCACUACACAAUUUUCGAAGAUAAACUUGUCGUUCUGGAGCCUUAUGGUUGGAUCUCUGUAAUUGACACCGGAACGUGGACCCUUAGAGAGCAGUUUUGUGCUUAUGAGAGGGCGACUUUCACGGUUUGGCUCGGCUUGGUCGCUACUGAUUCUAUUUGGUCAGGGAACACCUGGAGCACCAAGAUCUUUAACUAUGACGGCGAGCUUCAGCAAAUUCUUCCUUCAGGCGAACUUCAUCUCAACCCGUCUAAUCCCAAUCAACUUUUCAUCAGCGCGAACUCGAAUGACCAAAUCGUCAGUUACAAUCUCUCUGACGCUCUGGAACGGCCCCUCUUUGACGCUGAGUUUGGAUUCGAGCCGAUGAACUUUGGCAUGUUCACUUGGAAGCCGAAUAUAAACGUGCUUGGAGAAUACGCAGUUGUCGAAUGGAACACCGUCGGUAACAACUUGCGUGACCGGAAUAGAGAGCUGUGGGUUUAUUCCACAAAAACAGGCGCUGAAAUAUCAGAAAUCCAGAUCGAAGAUAAUGACCCAAAAGUUCCAGUUUGGUCAAAAUGGUUUAUGUUCAAUGAAGAGCAGUUUCUCAUCGUAGUGCACAAAAUUAUCGAAGUUCACCGCGUCGUCAAGUUCUUCUGCGAAGUCGAAUUCGAAAAAGUCUACUUUUGUAACCGCAUACGCCCGAUAGACAGCCAGGGCGAAAAACUUGAAAUUUCCGACGUUAGAGGACAUGUGACUAACGAUAGCGUCAUUCUCGGCUUCUCUGCAAAAGAUGAGCCAGUUCGCCUGGUUUCGCUCUCUUUCAAAGAACUUCUACAUUACCGAAACGAGGACAAGCUGAAUAUCGAAAGCAUCGCAUUUUUGGAGGAUGUUCGAACCCCGAACCUGACGUGUAUUGACAAUUCCCUUCUUCUUUUCAACACUGAAAAGGGACUGAUCGAAGAAAUGGACUUUCUUCACUUAGAAAAGAAGGAUCAACUAAAGCUAUUCGAAAAGAUGGGUCUGUCAACAAGAUCGGCCAAAAUUGAUGAAAAGUGUGCAGAAUCUGAGAAAAGAGCAAAAGAUGUGCGAGAAUCGUUAGUGAAAAGCAGGGAUGAAAGUGUCAGUUAUCGACCUAGAUCUUCAUUCACCGACCAAGACAGAUUUUCUACAUAUACAACCAAGUAUAGAAGCACUGCGAGUUCUUCGACUUCUGGUGCUUAUUCUCGAGAUCCAGAACGAGCAAUUAUCACAGAUCACAUUUUUUCAAAAACCCCUUUUCUCGAAAAGUCGGAGACUACUUCAAGAACAAGAGGAGGAAUAAAGAGAUCAAAAGAGGAGAAUGAAAAAGUUCCCGCUUGUCGCUACUGUACUUGGGAAGGCAUCUGCUAUCUCAGGAAAAGGUUCACUAUUCACUACGCAAAAAUUGAGCUACGUGAUUUGAUUGAACCCGACAAAGGCGAGUAUGCAGCGUCGAGUACUUACAUUCAAAGAUCGCCGACAACAAUCUGCCCUGCUUUCUCACAUGUUGAAAAUGCCGAGUACAAAUGCGACGACACAGAAGACAAACUAGAGCACAACUCUGUUUGCACCUUGAGUUGCCUUGAAAACUACGAGAACUCAGUCGGUGAGGUCUCGCGGAAAUGCAAUUGCUUCACAACAUUUGGCCCAAUCGAAUUUCCAAAGCAGUGUACUUGGGAUGGCGAAGCUUUUGAUGCGUGCACAAUAAAGUCGGGCCUUACUGUUCCGAUUUGCCCGACUUUGCCAGACAUUGAAAAUGGAAAGUGGGUCUGUGAACGGACUCGCGCUGACUCCCAAGACGGCGAUGUUUGCUAUAGCACCUGCAAUGACGGUUACGCUUUGACGGAAACCAAUUUGCGUGCCAUUCAAUACGACUGCGACUGCCAGGGCGAGGAUUGCCUUUGGAGUCAGCGAGGAGCAGUGCUAGAGCUCGCCCUUCGUCAGCGAUCGGCAUUCGUCCUCGGACGUCAGCCAGUCGGAAUCGCUCCAAGAUCGUUCACUCAGUCUUCCACCGGUUGGAGCACGAAUAUCUUCAGAGAUGCUUCAGCGAUCUUCCCACAAUGCGUCCCGAUUCAAAGGGAAACAUACAACGCGUUUGACAACACGGUUACUGAGUUCAAUUUCUGUCCAGAUCUGGUUCAACCUGAAAAUGGAAACUUCCUCUGCACUCAAGGAACCAGAGAGGACACAAUUUGCAAAUUGACCUGUUCUGAGGGAUUUUUAGAGGCUGGAUACGGCGAUAAAAAUGUAAGUUUUUUUGCAAAAGUAAAUGAAUCUGAGCGUUAUUACUAA